CGGCACGCCCCGCUGCUGGGACAUUUGUAGCAGCUCAAAAGCUGCGUAGGAUUCGCUACCAGAACCAGCGGGAGGGGCGGAUGAUCCUCCCAUCAUUCUUUCUUUCCCACAUUUGGAUUGUUUUGUCUGUUUGUGGAGAUGUCGACCCCAGCCGCCGAAAUUUCUCGAGCAGCAUCGAUGUGGAUGCAGUCCUUUGGGGUCCGUUUUUUGCCUCCAGUGGCGGGUGCUGUUAAUAGAGGAGAGGGGAGUCGAGUCGAGCUCCGCCGACGGUGUAUGUGGAGAGAACUUGUAUACAUGCUAAAGUCUCGAUCCGCCAGCAAGUUGUCGUCAGUUCAUGCGUAAACAAGAGGAGAUUGUGAGUUUGUUAGUUUAACUGUUACCAGGAUCCACCUCUCGAAGUACUGGCGAAGGUCGUGUUGUGUGGAAGUCGGAAGCUUCGGGCCGACUGGGGUCGACCCUGCGAGGCAGUUGGGAGAGAGGACCUGGAGAAGGAGUUGUGGGCUAGUUCUUGGAGGUGGUUCCUCCAUCUCGUAGACGAUUUGCCGCCUGGCUUGCCCCUCAAGUCUCUCUGCCAGGUAUCAAGGUAACGGAGCCCUGCAGAAGUGUGUAACCAAGAGAAAAAGAGCGAGGGAUCAAGCGUGUGACGUUUGCUGGGACACUCUGCUAGUGCACCUCGACUUCUGAUAAUGGAGCUGUGUUUAUCAACUGAUUAUUAAGUUUUUUCUUUACUUUAUUGUCUUGGAGGGAGGUGCUUUGUUGCUGCUGCAAUCUUCCGAGGUUGCUUCUAAAGCAUGUCAGAGAUCUACAUUUCUGGGUUGCAACUUGGCGGAUGCCACAGUUCUAGUGAUUUCUCUGGCGUCGAAAAUCAUGAGGGUUUUUUGGCUCUAGCAGUUACUAUUCGGAAACUGGCAGCUACUGUCGGCGAAAAUGAAGUUGAGAACUAUUGGCAUUUUGAAGUGUGUGAUGUAUUUUUACGUGCAGGAACAAAGUGCUUCUUGUGUCGAGAUCACACCCAUUUUUCAUCUCUUAGCAGGACGAGAGGAGAGACGUUUCUUUGAGAGGUUUUUAAGGAUUUAGUUCGAACAGGGUAGACACCAACCUCGUUGAGAGCAAUAAUAAACGCCGACAAUCUGAAGCAACGUUCUCGUAACCCGCGUGUUGUAUCCUGUGUCACAACGCUCACUCACAACGUGUGCUUCAGGAAGAAUCCUGGAGCCGAUACCCUCAUGACCCGCUUCAGCUCCCAUUUCCCCACAGAUUACCGCCAAGUUGCUACGACCUUGAGUAGACCUCGCGAUAACAGGUCUUUCAGCAUGUCUGUCUAAGUUUAGCUGCUGGAGUGCCCCAAAGAACAGGGUUUCAUCUGGACUGCUGCCGAGAAUCGUGCAUUUCAUCGGCUGUCUUUGGAACUCAGGUGACUUUUCAUACAACAGAGGAACUUUGUCCACUGGCGGUAUUGGAUAUCCAAGAUGAUGCUACUUGGGCGCUGAGAACCAUAUCGUGCAGAACGAUUUGGAGGAAUAAUUUAUUGGCGGUGAAACUAGAUUGUAACAAUGAAGGCCACUGGAAGUCCACGAGCGGGAGCAGGACUCGACUGGUUCGAUACGAUGAAAAGCAAAUACCGAUGGCCCAGCUAUGGCAUGUGCACCAUGUGCCCCGACAAGCUCCCCCACCGUGCCUGUGGCCUCUCAUCAACCUACUUAUAUUACUUUCUGUCAAUCCUCUUCUUCUCGUUUGUAGGCGUUCUCUUUUCAUGGUUGGUGUUCUCCCCUUACAAAAGCCUUAGUGGUGCAGUAAUCGCUGGCUGCCAACCAGAUAACGAAGGCUCAUGGAGCAUCGGAUUAUAUCGUGGGAGCUCCCCUUUCUCUCUGCAGCCACUUGAAGCUACAAACAAAUGGGUCAACAAAACAUCGGCAUGGCCUAUUGCCAACCCAAUAUUCACAUGCGCGUCAGUGACGAGCAUGACGCGUCCCAGUAAUUUUGUUGCAGAUCCAUUUAUGUUCAUUAAGGGCUCUAAAAUGUACUUGUUCUUCGAAACAAAGAACAGUAUCACAAUGCAAGGAGAUAUUGGUGUGGCCGAAAGCUCAGACGAAGGGUUGACUUGGAGGUAUUUGGGCAUCGCUCUCGACGAAGAAUGGCAUUUGUCCUAUCCAUACGUCUUCGAGUAUGAAGGAGAGUUAUAUAUGAUGCCUGAAGGCAGCAGAAAUGGGGAUCUUCGUCUCUACAAGGCUACGGGAUUUCCUCUGCAGUGGGACUUCCACAAGACUUUGAUCCACCAGCCUUUGGUGGACGCGUCCAUGGUGAAAUACAGUGGACACUACUGGCUGUUUGCCUCCAAUUUCAAUCGCUUCAAUAGCCGCAAGAAUGGCCAAUUGGAGAUAUGGGUGGCGCCGUCCCCUCUUGGCCCUUGGAAAGAACAUACCAAGAAUCCCAUUAAGAAUGGGCCGAGCAGUGAGGGAGCCAGAAACGGCGGGGGUCCGUUUGUGCACGACGGCAAGCUAUACCGUCUCGGGCAGGACUGUGGAGGGACUUAUGGGCGCCGGUUGCGCGUCUUCCAUGUGGUCACAUUGACGAAGAACAGCUACCGCGAGGUUGAGGUGUCGCUCAAUUUGGAGCAGUCGAAGAAAGGUCGCCAUGCCUGGAACGGCAAGCGAUCUCACCAUAUGAACCUGCACCAGCUGCCUUCGGGUGAGUGGAUUGCGGUUGUGGACGGAGAUCGGGUUCCCUCGGGGUAUUUGUCGAUGCAAUAUGCCCUCGGAGGAGCUGCUCUUUUGCUUCUCCUGUCGAUGAGCGUUAUAGUGGGCUUAGUGACAGGCUAUGGUCGUUGUUUCUUGCCGCCUCUCUCGAUCAUGCUGAAUGGGAGCAAGCGAUCAAUCGAGACGUUGCUGCCUUGUGUGGUACGCCCCCAAUUGACAACCCGUCUCUACAGAGCAGUGAGCCGUUUGAACAGAACCGGCUCCUCCCUGCGCAAGAAACUCCCCUCGAACUCCUACCUGCAGUAUGUAUCUGGCCUCGUAUGCUUAGUUCUCAGUGUCUGCGCUGUUUGCGUAGUAGUGAACUCUUUCUUUGGUCGCAACGGCGCCCAAGAUCCUUACCCCGUUGAUGGCCACUACUCUCAGUUCACGAUGAUCGCCAUGACAUAUGACGCGCGUCUCUGGAACCUGCAGCUGUAUGUUAAACAUUACUCCCGCUGCGCAUCGGUUCGUGAGAUCGUCGUGGUGUGGAACAAAGGCAUUCCCCCGGACCCAGUGUUGGAUUUCGAUUCAGCCGUCCCGAUUCGAAUCCGUGUGGAGCCCGAAAAUUCGCUCAACAAUCGCUUCAAACCAGACCCUUUGAUCGCGACGAAGGCUGUUCUGGAGCUUGACGAUGAUAUCAUGAUGACCUGCGAUGAUAUUGAGCGGGGAUUCAGGGCGUGGAGGGAGAAUCCUGAUCGAAUGGUGGGAUAUUGUCCUCGUCUCAUUGAAGGCAAUCCUCUGCAAUACCGCAACGAGCGAUACGCGCGCUCUCAGUCGGGGUACAACAUGAUCCUCACGAGCGCCGCGUUUAUGGAUAGUGGAUUCGCGUUUUCCAAGUAUUGGAACGAGCGCGCGGCCAAGGGGCGCGCUGUGGUUGACGAGCUGUUCAACUGCGAGGAUAUCCUCAUGAAUUUCAUUCUUGCGAACCAGACGUCAGAGCGUGCGGUAGAGUACGUGCACCCUGCCUGGGCCGUGGAUACCUCCAAGAUUUCGACGUCGGCAAUCAGCAGAGACACGCAAGGGCAUUACGCUAAACGGACGCAAUGCUUGUCACGAUUUUCAGAGAUUUUUAGAGGCGCAUCACUGAAGAAGUGGGAUUUCUUGAGCCGGCAGGAUCAGUGGGAUAAUUGAUGACGUCACCAGUCAAUCUAGAGAUGAAUGCAGCUGUAAUCCGAUGUAAAAUCAUGUACACUGCGCUCACUGUGUAGAUUAUCAUUUGCGUUUGUAGUUUUAUAAACCCGACAGUUGGAUUAGGACAGUGACGCCAGUCUGUUGAACUGGGACGGUCACGCGAGAGAUAAAUAGCAUGUGCAGGCGGUGGGAUACCUGGAGCAACAGAAUUCAAUUACCGAAGCAGCAUCGUUAGGAGUGGAAACUGUAAACUACUGCGCGUUUCUCAACAUCUCAACCACAUUGAAGAUCUGCAACUCCUGUAUAGUGACAAUAGAUAGCCAGAUUACGCUGGCGUCAUAAUUCUCUUGCUCAUACGUUGGAAAGAUGUAUUUCAACUGGCUUGCAACAUUAAAAACAAACCACUUGGGUUGGGUGGAUAUUUCUA